CGUACGAUUUCAGUGUGGUGCAAUCUACCAUGCACUGUGAAUGAGCGCUACGUUUUUGAGAAGUCGCAAGCUAGCAUGAAAUGAUGGCUAGCUAGCUAAGGGAAACAACGGCAGAAGAAACCAACAACAAAAAACAAUCAAUCAUAAUAUAGACCCAUUAAGGAUUUGAUCAGCUGUAUCAGAGAGGAGUGAAUGUGUAGCAUUCCGUUCCUUUUUUAUUAUUCUUGCUUUGGUGCAUUUUGGAAGUUGACAUAUCGUAGCAGACCCCUUUUUAAACAACAGAAACACGCACCGAAAUAAGUGAAGAAUUUAAUUCCAGAUGUUGAGCAAUUGGAUGUGUAGCUGACUGCAGCCCAAGAUGCGUGUCUAUAAUGUUAUGGACUGUGUCUCCGACGGAAGCUCCCGGGACUGUUACUCCUAGGAUCCGGACUAAAGUGUCACCUGCGCCGUGUUGCUGUACACUGCAGCGGACGUUAGCCAGCUAGCUAGCUACAGUCAGAGCAGACAAGGGAAGGAAUGCCAUUCUGGUACACCAACACCAGCGUUUGGUUCGCUUCGUCAUUUUUUAGCUAACAUUAAAACCGCCCAGACAGGAGCGUGAAGUCUGAAGUUAUUUGAACACUAGCUAGGUUCUGUAUGUCGGUAACAAGCUACAGCUCACUGUGAUCAUGACGAUUAUUUCAAUUAGCUAGCUACUUAGUUAGCUAGCUUGCUAGCUAAUCAUGGUAGCUAGCUAGCUACCACGAAGGAAUAAUGAGCUUGGAUUUAGCUAGUUAUAAUUAGCUAGACAGAUCGCAGUUGUGAUUUUUGAUAGUGGUAGCCAGUUAGCUAGCAAGCCAACAAGAUCUCUGAAGCCGACUUUUUGUGUUUAAUUCGCACAAGUUGUGCACUGGCAUUUGGAAUGAUUCCGUAUCUCCUCAGCAUACACCUGGGAGCUGCAGACAGAGCGCUUUAACGCGAGCAACUGCAACCCCGUGGGAGUACUUCGCCGUGGAAGAAUCUGCGCAGUUUUUUUAAAAUCUACGAUUUUGAAAAGGGAGUCAACUCAGACCAUUUACGGAUUAAUUGGCAAGCAUCUAACUCAAAUUUGCAACGAUGUCCUCUAAAGACAAUCCUUGUCGGAAGUUUCAAGCCAAUAUUUUUAACAAAAGCAAAUGCCAAAAUUGUUUUAAGCCCAGGGAGUCGCAUUUGUUGAACGACGAAGAUUUAAACAAGGCAAAACCAAUAUAUGGUGGUUGGUUGCUGCUGGCGCCAGAGGGGACAAACUUUGACAAUCCUUUGCACAGAUCUCGGAAAUGGCAGAGGCGGUUCUUCAUCCUGUACGAGCAUGGAUUAUUGCGCUACGCCCUGGAUGAGAUGCCCAGCACACUUCCCCAGGGCACCAUUAACAUGAACCAGUGCUCGGACGUGAUCGACGGGGAGGCCCGGACGGGCCAGAAGAACUCCCUCUGCAUCUUGACACCCGAUAAGGAGCACUUCAUCCGUGCGGAGAGCAAGGAGAUCAUCAACGGGUGGCAGGAGACCUUGGUGGUCUACCCCAGGACCAACAAGCAGAACCAGAAGAAGAAGCGGAAAGUGGAGGCACCCACUCCCCAGGAGGGCACCCUCAGCAGCCACCGGCACUCCUCAGGAAACAUGAACGGACAUCUCGAGCCCGGGCCAGCCAAGGUGACGGUGACCAGCAGCAGCGGGGGGAGCAUCCCCUGCCUCCCCAGUAGCAUCGCCGCGGCGGAGAAGGUCCCCGCCAGCCGCUCGUCCCUGUGGCAGGAGGAGAGGCGGGGCCGGGGCUCCAUCCCCUGCAGCCGCAGCGCCUCCUGUCUCAGCCAGCUGGGGCAGAGCUACCAGCCGCCCAGCGCCGCCCCCGAGGAGCAGGGCUCAGUGAAUGGAGGGCGGAAGGCUCGCGUGGAGAGUGGCUACUUCUCUCUGGAAAAGGCCAAACCAGAGCCCCAGUCCCCCCAGCCCCCCCAGCAGCUGUCCCUGUCCCUGUCGUCUCCCGGUGGUCCCGGAGCGCCCCACAGGUACAGCUCCUCAGACACCGACCCCCUCACCUCCCCGUACUACCCCUCCCCGGACCGCAGCGGCGGCGGGGACCCCUUCCCAUCCCCGAGGCCCCUCUACUCCAAUGGGUCCUCCACCAUCAGCUCCUCCCAGAGCUCCCUGGACUCCGAGGCCAGCAGCACCACGCCCACCAGCGCCGCCAGCUGGGACGGGCGUGGCGGGGGUGGGGUGGAGUGGCUGGGGGGAGCCGGACGGGCCGCCAGAGAUUACGCCUCUCUGUCAGAUGUCCCCAAGGCCAAGAGGCUGAGCCACCGCGAGGCCUUCCGCUCGGACAAGAAGCGGCAGGAGUUGCGGGUGCGCACGCGCAGUCCUGGCAGGGAGGAGGUGGCCCGGCUCUUUGGACAGGAGCGCAGGCGUUCUCAGGUUAUUGAGAAGUUUGAGUCGUUGGAGGGAGACAAUGUGGAGCAGAUGGAGACCAGCUCCUCAUCGGAGCCCCCCUCAUCCUCCUCUGCCAGCGCCACUGCCCAGCGCCAGGGCCGCAGUGAGAGACGCCACUUCCCCAAGAAGCAGGAGUACUCGUUAGAUUCUGCUAAGGAGCAGUCCAUGCCUGACGUUUCCAGCUCCUCCAUCUCCAGCUACCGCCGCGCAAAGUCCCUGGACCGCCGGGUCACGGAGUCCUCCAUGACGCCUGACCUGCUGAAUUUCAAGAAAGGAUGGAUGACCAAGCUGUACGAAGAGGGGCUGUGGAAGAAGCACUGGUUUGUCCUCACCGACCAGAGUUUGAGAUACUACAGGGAUUCCAUUGCAGAGGAGGCUGCUGAUUUGGAUGGUGAGAUUGACCUGGCCACGUGUUAUGAUGUCACAGAAUACCCAGUGCAGAGGAAUUAUGGCUUCCAGAUCCACACAAAAGAAGGUGCCUUCACACUGUCUGCAAUGACCUCGGGAAUUCGGCGCAACUGGAUCCAGGCCAUCAUGAAGAACGUGCGUCCCACCAUUGCCCCUGACGUCACCCGGAAAAACGUCUCUUUGAAACUGUCAGUUCUGAAGUCCAGUUCCCUCCCAGAGGAGAGAGUGAGGGCCCGAGCAGCGCGGGAGAUCAGCCACCAGCCGUCCGAAGAGCUGUGUCACACCCCAGAGACGCCUGCGGUGCAGGGGGAGACCAAGGUGGGGGACAACAGCAACUCGGAGCAACGCAAGAGCCGGAUCCGGGAGCGUCGAAGAGAGGGCCGCUCUAAGACCUUCGACUGGGCCGAGUUCCGGCAAGGGCAGUCCCAGGACAAGGAGGAGCCCGACGGACAGCCGGAGAAAGGGACGGAUAUGGUAGACGUCAGCUCUGCCUCCUCCACCACCUCUUCCCCCUCUUCAUCACCACCCGUGUCUUCCGCCUCCUCCCCCUCCUCGUCCUCGGCUGCACCCCUCAGGGACCCCCCAGCAGCAGAGGAGGAGCUGGAGCAGGAGCGGGCACGGCGUCGUGAGGAGAGACGGCGGCGUUUCCAGGCCGCGCCUGCAGCUGCGCCAGUCACCACAGCUUCUCCCACAGCGGGGGAGGUCAAGACCCCCGAGGACCAGGACCAGGGCAGGAUGGAGGUGGACGGCCCUCUGUCCACGCCCAAGUCCUCAAGCGAGGGCAGCAGGGAACGGGGAAAGCCGCCCGACGUGCAGACUGAAAUCGAACAACGCUGGCACCAGGUGGAGACCACGCCCCUUCGUGAGGAAAAGCAGGUUCCCAUCACCACCUUGCACUCGACUGACCCCACUGCUGAGAGGCUUCCCCCUCAAGAGCUGGCAAACCUACUGGACAAAGAGCUGGAGCAGACGCAGAAGGAGCUGGCUAAACUGCAGGAGCAGAACAGCCUCCUUCAGGCCCAGCUGCAGGACGCGCGGGGAAGGGAGCAGAGCGCCAGGGAGGGCUAUGUGCUGCAGAGCCACUCUCCCUCCUCAUCACCGCCCUCUGGCGCCUGGCAGCGGCUGCACAAGCUCAACCAGGACCUCCAGACUGAACUGGAGGCACAGAGGCGCAAGCAGGACCUCACUAACCAGCAGGUGCAGGCCCUGAAGAAAAACUACAGCGAGGCCAAGGACGUGAUCCGGCACCAUGAGUCCGAGAUUCAGGCCCUGCAGGCCAAACUCCACAACGCCAUGGCUGAGAUCCUCAUUAGUGAGCAGGCGGUGGCCAAGAUGCGCAGUGAGCUGAAGCUGGAGCAGGAGCGCUUCCGGGACCUCAAGGAGGAGUGGGAGCACAACGAGCAGGCCCUCCGCGCCCAGCUCAAGGACAGCGAGGACCGGCUGAAGGACGUGGAGGCCCAGCUGCUGGAGAAGAGCCAAGCCCUCAGGGACCUGGAGCGGCAGCAGGCCCUGCAGCGGGACCACCUGAAGGAGGUGCAGAGGCUCCAGGAGAGGCUGACCGAGGUCACGGGCAGGCUGAUAGCCACCGAGGAGGCCCAGGCCCUGAAAGAGGAGCGGCUGCAGAAGAACCUGCACAUCCUGCAGGAGAGCCAGGAGAAGGAGCGGCAGAAUCUAGUGAGACGCCUGGCGGAGGCAGAGGGAAAGGGGCAAGAGCUGGAGGAGCGCCUGCAGGAUGCAGAGCAGCAGGUGGAGACGCUGCUGAGAGAGAAGCGCACCUCAGGCUUGCAGAGCAGUGAGACGGUGAUCCAGCUGGAGGAGCAGCUGGCCAUCAAGGCAGACACCAUUGAGAAGCUCACAGAGACCAUCCGGCAGCUGCAGGAAGAGAAGAACCAGCUGACCUGCCGCUGCCAGGAGCUGCUCAACCAGAUCGCUGAGGCAGACAAUGAGGUGACCAAGCUCCAGUCCCGGCUCAAGACAGAAGAGACAGACUACUACAAUCUGGAGCACUCUUAUGAGAAAGUAUCUGAAGAGUUUCAGAAGAUCCACAUGGUUCUGCGGGAGAAGGAAGAGGAGAUCCGGGAGGCCAAGGAAAUGUAUGAGAGGCUAAUGGAGAAGAAAGAACAGGAUCUCAAUGAGGCUAUGAUAAAGAUGGCAGCCUUGGGAAGCAGCCUGGAAGAGACUGAACUGAAGCUGCAGGCCAAAGAGCAGCUGAUCAACAAGAUGGGCUAUGGCGACAUGGAGACACGCAGUGCAGAGAGGGACUUGCAGGUUAAGUUGGUUGUAGCCGAGGACCGUAUCACUGAACUGGAGCAGCACCUUAAUGAGCUGCAGCUGGGCUACUCGGACCUCCAGAUGGAGCACUGCAAACUGCAGGAGGACUGUGAUGUUCUGCAAAGCAUGAGCAAAGCAGGGGAGUCCGCAUCAACAGCAGCUUGUCCCUCAGACAUCAGACCAAAAGUGAGUACCAGUGCCGAUGGUGGGGGAUCACUAAGUAAGCGACAGAGGAUACGGUUCUCGAGCAUCCACUGCCAAAAAUAUGUCCACUCAGAGGAGAAGCUGUGGACUAGCAGCACCUCUUCAGAUGUGAGCCAAGAUCGCACCCUGUCUGAAGAGGGUGGCUCCACUGACAUGCCAUAUCAGUACAUCAACUCCGGCAGCAGUGACCCGGAGAAGUUCAUCUCUAUUAUCCAUGCACUAGAAACCAAACUGUACACCACAGAGGAGAAACUAAAAGACAUCACAAUGAAACUGGAGCAGCAGCAAGACCGGCAGCUGGAGUCCAUGAUGGAACGCCACGGGCAGUGGACAAAGACAGAGGCGGAGCUUCGCGAACAGCUCAGUGAGAGCCUGUCCAAAGUGGACCAGCUCACCGCCCAGCUCCAGGAGGAAAUGGACAAGAGGUGCCAUUUCGCUCGGGAAACUGACUGCAGCAUCAGAGCAGUAAAUGCUAAAUACGAGAAAGCUCUAGCCUGUGUAGAAUCAAGUCGUGAGAAGGUGCAGGCUAUUCUGAGGACUCACAAAGAAGACAGUACAGAAAAACAGCUCCACACUUUAUCAGAAAUAGAAACAGAGCUGGUUAAUGCAACUGUGUUCAUAAGACAGGGAGGGAGCACUUCGGAAGAACAGCAGGAUGAGGUCAGAGGAAGUCAGAACCAGGAUGUAAGCGAAAACAAGAUUUCAGAUGAGGAGAGAAUAAAACUUUUUGCCAAAACAUUAGCCUUUGAGGCACUUGUUUUAAAUAAAAUGGCGUUCUCGAUACAGAAUACAAAUGUAGACCUUUUGCAGGGACUUAGUGAAAUCCAUCAAGAGGCAGAGAAACUAAGAAGUAGUGAUGAGGGUUAUGUGGCGAUUGCGUACGCAGAUGUCUUAACUAGAAAGUUAAUGUUAGAAAGUGAAUUUUGGGCAGAGGUAGAGCAGCUUGAGGCACAGCAUAAAGUGAGAGAGGACAUUAGACAAGGUGAUGUAGAGUUAGUCGGGGACAGUAUUGUUGGAGAGACUGGCAUGACUGUUAUCAAUAAUGCUUGCAUCAAAGCUGAACUGGCAUUUGCUGUUCAGAAUCUUAAGCACUUUUAUGAGGAAAAGCUCCAGAAACUGAAAGGUGACUUGUUGGAAGCCCACAGAAACCUGCAACACAGGGAACUUGCACUGCAAGAGGUUGUGAAAUCUUCAAAAAGGCCAGAUUUUGACAGAGUCAUUCAAGAGGUGAGUGAUGAGUUCGGCUUCAGUCAGGGAAAAUCUCUGGCUGACAUAAGUCCUCCUGAGCUUGCCCCUUAUGUGGAGCAGAUCAAGAUGGAGGAGGCCCACGACUUAGCUGAGGAAAUUGUCAAUAGACAUCUUCAAAUAGACAUGCCUUCCUGUACCAUUGAAUCUGUUGAAUCUACAUAUGUCGGGCAAGAGAGACUAGCUGCUGAGCUGAGGAGGCAAGCAGAGGUCCUUCAGCGUCUAUCCCAUGAGGUUGAGGUGGUCUCUGAGGCAGAAAGCAGCAGACUUCACCAUAGCCUGCUCAACAUCGCCCUUGCCAACCCAAGCUACAGUAGCAGCAGUGACAUCACCAGCAGUUCUCUGUGUAUGCGAGAGGCUAUGAUCCAGGCCCAGAUUGCCUACGUGGCCUGCAAGCUGAGGGCAGACCACGAGAGGGACAUGAAAAUGUGCAAGGAGGCGUGCCAAAGUAUGGAUGUCCUGUGCCAGGAGCACGCCCGGAAUGUUGGCGCCAUUCGAGAGCGGUAUGAGGCUUCCAUGCAGGACGAGAGGCAGAGCUUCACCAUGGCAGUGUUCAGUCUCCAGGAGGAGAACGAGGCCCUGAAAGGAGAGGUGGCCCACCGCAUCGCUGAGCUCUCCGAGCAGCAGGAGAGGCUGGUGCAGCUGGAGGAGCACUUCCGGGGUGAAAUGGAGGAGCUGAAGGCCAGGUAUGAGCUGGAGCUGAGCCAGGUGGAGCAGAGGCGGGCUGCUACUGAGCUGGAGCUUAUGGAAAAGACAGCUGACAGCCAGCGUAACCUAGAUGCCAUUCUUAUGGACAUUGAGGGGAUGGAGGACCGGCAUGAGGAGCACGUGCAGAAGCUGGAGGACAAGUUCCACGGGAAGAUCCAGGAGCUGCAGCGGAUCCACGAGGAAGAGAUGCAGCGGCUGCACGGCCACUACAUGCAGACCAUCCGCUCCAUGCAGGACGCUCUGGAGAGGAUGAACGCCAGACAUCCCGAGGAAUCGUCCCUGUCGGAGGAGGGCAAACCUCCCACAGACCAGGUGCUGCCCAUGGAGGAGGGAACGGCCGACACCAGCAAGGCGGAGCUUGACUCAAUGAUGGUGCUGAGGGAGAGGAUCCAGGAGCUUGAGACACAGAUGAACACUAUGAAGGAUGAGCUGGAGAAUAAACACCUGGAGGGAGAUGUGUCCAGUCUGAAGGAGAAAUACCAGAAAGACUUUGAGAGCUUAAAGGCCACCUGUGAACGGGGCUUUGCUGCUAUGGAGGAGACCCACCAGAAGGUGAUCGAGGACAUCCAGCGACAGCACCAGAGGGAGGUGUCCAAACUGCUGGAAGAGCGUGAGAGACUACUGGCUGAGGAGACGGCUGCUACCAUUGCUGCUAUUGAAGCCAUGAAGAACGCACACCGGGAGGAGCUGGAGAAGACCCAGCGCUCCCAGCUGAGCGGCAUGAGCUCUGACAUCGAGGAGCUGCGCAGGCAGUAUGAGGAGGAGCUGCAAUCUAUCCACCGGGAGCUGGAGGUGCUGUCGGAGCAGUACUCCCAGAAGUGUCUGGAGAAUGCUCAUCUGGCCCAGGCUCUAGAGGCCGAGAGGCAGGCCCUGCGGCAGUGCCAGCGGGAGAAUCAGGAGCUCAACGCUCACAACCAGGAACUGAACAACCGUCUGACAGCGGAGAUCACUCGCAUGCGGUCCUGCUUGAGCGGGGAGGUGGCUGGAUCGCCCCUCACACAGGGCAAGGACCUGUACGAACUGGAGGUCUUAUUGCGGGUCAAGGAAUCAGAAAUCCAGUAUCUGAAACAGGAAAUCCACUCCCUGAAAGAUGAGCUGCAGUCUGCACUUCGGGAUAAGAAGUACGCCACAGACAAGUACAAAGACAUCUACACGGAGCUGAGCAUCGUGAAGGCCAAGGCCGACUGUGACAUCAGCAAGCUAAAGGAGCAGCUGCUGAUAGCCACGGAGGCCCUGGGGGAGAGGAGCGCCGACAGCACCACCGCCGUCCAGGGAUACGACAUCAUGAAAUCAAAAAGCAAUCCUGAUUUUCUGAAGAAAGAGCGGUCGUCUCUGACCAGGCAGAUCAGAGGUGUAAGGUCAAAGAGCCUGAAGGAGGGUUUGACAGUGCAGGAGCGCAUGAAGCUCUUUGAAGCAAAAGAUUCCAAGAAGAUCUGAGCAGCGUGGAUCCUGUGCUCUUCCUUCUCCCUUCCCCUGUUAUACUGCUGGCCUUCUGGCCACCUUGUACCAGCGAGGCAUUCAUCGCACACAUACAUACAUACAUACACACACAACGUGUGUGUGUAUGUAUGUAUGUAUGUAUAUCAUUUAAAGAUGAUGAUGUAGUGACAAUGACAUGAAUGAUGUGUGGGUACAAGGCAAGGAAUGGACUGCUGUGCUGGCGGAGUAGAAAACAUUUUCUCACAUUUUUAUCCUCUCUAGUCCUGGGCCUUGGGCACUAUUCUUCUCAUUUUGUGCCAUUUCACUUCUUUUUCUCUCCUCCCUUCUUUCUUCUUGCUUUGUAAUGUUCUUUUGAGGGUGUUUGUAUAAUGGUGGUUUUGGUGGUUGUGUACAUCCGUGUCCCCAGAGCACUUUGGAGGUCAGAUGCCAAAAGUACUUAAGUCAUAGGUUGCUGUUUGUGCUGAGAUGAGAAUGGUGUCUCUGUUGUUUUUCAUUUUUGAUAUAUUUAUUAUAUUUAUACCACUUUUUUCAAAAUUGGAGUGGAUAUUGAGAGAGUGUGUUACGUGUUUGUAAGGGGGAACGACAAGGUUGUGUGUAAUGCAAAUUGAUUCCUGUCAAUACCUACAUUUAGGGCUGUGUUUUGUUAUUGUGUAUAGAAGGAUCACAGGGGAAUUGUGGGAGAGAAAGAUGGAGAUGUAUGAACACCAGUCAUGCUUUUGCAUUGACAUACUUUGGCAAAUGUAUGCAGCAUGAUAUAGUUAUUAAAAUAGACUUAAAACAUUACGGACAGGUUGAGGGCGUUUUAUUUAUUCCUGAAAUAUAAUGGCCAGCAUUUAGAUUACAUGUUCGUCAAAUUUAACACUUUUUGGUUGAGUAAAUGUAAGUAAGUAUCUAUUGGCUUUCCCAUUCACUGAUUUUUGGUAGAACCCCACCUGAUCCGGUGCCUAAAUGGUCAUAUUGUGACAACACAGCCAUGAUCACAAUGAAACUAACACAAAGAGUGGUACUAGUUUGAGUGUACUGUUAUUCAUUUGAAUCAUUCUUCCCAUUGUAAAAGUGUAUUUGGUGAUGGGCAAUUUUUUUAUUUUUAUCUUUGGAUUGUUCCUUUUAAUUUUAAUCCCGUCUCAGCUAUUUCAUCGCAUGCCGAGGUCCUUUGAAAUAGCUAUCUGAGAAUAAAUUACAUUAUAGCUUACUUCUGUAAGAGGAAGCAGAGCAGGCAAUGAUACGCUCAACUAAAGCAUAUGAAAUAACAUGUAUUUGUAUAAAUGAUGUACUCUUGAGUUUCCUGGGAGUUUAAAUACCAGUUAUCAGUAACAGAAAUAGAUUUGUAGUUGCAGUAGAGCUGUUUGGGGUGCAUUGCAAUCAUUUGUGCAUUGCAAUCAAGUGUUAAAUUAGAUAUUUUAAUUGCAUCAGAUUUGCCUUUUCAGUGUUUGUAUCCAUUGACAUGCCAAAACAAUCCACUUGUAUCAGGUAUUUAACCAUAUACCCAAGAAGUUCACUGCAAUAUUAGUUUACUUUAAAAUCCAUUUUUUCUUUUUUUUUUUUUACAGCAGUGUAACAAGGAUUUAUAUCAAAAAGUGACUGUAUGUUGCCUGUCAAUAAUGUACAUGGCUCUAAGGGAAGAAUGUAGUUACCAAUGAUUAUGGUGUUUCUAUUUUAUUCACACUGGUAAUAUGUGUAGUAAUUGUUAAUAUGAUAUGAGAGAAAUAUGAGUGAUGAACUACACAUUACAUUGCAUUGUAACUUUGUAAGAGGGUGGGAAGGUCCACAUGUGUAUCUCUCAUCUUUGUGUGGUGGCUCACCUAAAACUGAGUACCACUGCAACCAAACUAAAGCAGCUACAGGUGGUUUUGUCUCUUCCUCAUCAGCCCCAAAAGGAAUCUUUUCUCAGUCAAGGACCUAGUCCUUUGUAGGUGGUUUUCAGUUUAGCUCCAAAAUUUUUGGCCUACUUUAUCUUUCUUUUUUUGGUAUGACAGAGUAUUAACUUGCAAAAGUGCUUUUGGUAUAAAUAUAUAUAUAUAUUUUUUUUCAGUUUUGCUGUAGUAAUAACUAUGCUUGUUUAACACAAGCCACUGACGCUUAAUUGUUCUGGAGUGCCCCCUCUCGCCAUCAGUUGGAAUGAGCUUUGAGGCGCAGCAUCGUACUUGGCAAAGCUG